GUUGCAAGAGAGCUAAACACAAUCACCAUGAAGCUGAGCUGUGUCCUCAUGGUUUGGGCCUGCUGUGUUUGUCUUGCUGUACUCCUGGCAGCCCAGAUGUUACUGGCUGCUGGUUUGGAGACUCUGCAGUGUAAAAGACCUGUCAGCACUGAACAGAGCAGCUGCCACACUGAUGAUGAUGAUGAUCAUGAUGAUGAUGUGACCCACUCCAAGGAAACUGACUUCCAGGUCAAGGGCUACACUUUCAGUGAACCCUUCCAUCUCAUUGUGUCCUAUGACUGGCUGAUUCUCCAAGGUCCAGCUGCACCCAUAUUUGAAGGAGACCCGCUGCUUCUGCACUGCCGGGCCUGGCAAGACUGGCCACUGACUCAGGUUACCUUCUACCGAGAUGGCUCAGCCCUGGGUCCUCCUGGACCUAAAAAGGAAUUCUCCAUCCCUGUGGUUCAAGAGUCAGAUAGCGGGAACUACCACUGCAGUGGCAUCUUCAGGAGUCCUGGUCCCGGGAGCCCCGAGACUGCAACUGCUGUGGUUAUCACAGUCCAAGAACUAUUCCCAGACCCAAUUCUCAAAGCCUUACCAUCCAGCAAGCCCCAAAAGGGAGGCUCAGUGACCCUGAGCUGUCAGACAAAGUCGUCCCUGCAGAGGUCAGCUGCCCGUCUCCUCUUCUCCUUCUACAAGGAUGGAAGAACACUGAGCAGCAGAGGAGUCUCUUCAGAGUUCCAGAUCCCUAAAGUUUCAGAAGAACAUUCUGGCUCCUACUUGUGUGAGGCAGCUACUGAAGACAGCCAAGUUUGGAAACAGAGCUCACAGCUGGAGAUCAAGGUGCAGGGUCCCUCCAGUUCUGCUGCAGCCUCCACCUUGAAUCCAGCUCUUCAAAAAUCAACUGCUUCAGAAACUCCUCCUAUGGAGCCCCCUGGGCCUCUGCCUCCACUGCCCACCCCUUCUUCUGAGGACUCAGGCUUCUUUUCCCCAGAGCCCUACCUACAGCACCAGAUGCACAUUCUUCUCAAACAAAUGCAAGAUGUAAGAGUUCUCCUUGGUCACCUGGUCAUAGAGUUGAGAGACUUGUCAGCCCACCUGAAGUCUGGGACAGUCAAGGUCGCUGAUAAAUGAAAGCAAGAUUGUCACCUGUGAUAUGCUUAGCUGCCACAGUCACUCCAGUUCUUUCUAUGUUGUACAUAUGCAUGAAGUUUUAUAUGUUGUCCCAGUGCUAUGUUAGAAUA